CCAAAAUGGAAGUAGAAGAAGACUUGUAUAAUUUCGGUCAAGAACUCUUAAACAACUUUGAUAAAGAGAGAGCCAACAAGAUUUUAUCUGACCAGACAAAGGAGCUUGAGCAGAAGCUUGAACAAGAGGAAGAUAAUCUCUUAAGACCUACUGACAAAGAUGCUCUAGGUGACAAGUAUUCCAAGUGGGAUAAGAUAGACCAAACUAUUAAGAAACGAGAGCAUUUUGAACAGAAAGCAGAGAAGGAUAAAUCUGAUCUUAAUAAAAACCUCAUGGAACAAAUGAUGGGUUGCAGUCAAAACCAUUCUAAAGAAAUGGCUAUUUAUAACAGGAGUUUUAAGGAGAAAAUCGAGGUCAUCACUGAUUUCAAGGAAAAAGGGAAUCAAUACUUUAACCAAAAUGAUCUACAGAAAGCAUCUUAUUUCUACGAGCAGGCCUUGUUACAGUUUCAUUACUUGAUCCCUGAUAAUAAGGAAGAGGAAGAUAUUACCAAUCCACUGCAUGUUAAGUGUCAUUUGAACAAAGCGAUUUGUCUGUAUAAGCAAAAGAGGUAUCAAGAAGCUAUUGAGAAUACUUACCAAGCUCUCAACAUUGACCCUAAUAAUACCAAAGGUCUCUACAGACAAGCUUUAUGAAAUAGAGAAAUCGAUGAGUUUGAUAAAGCAGUAGAGGAUGUAGAAAAAGCAUUAAAAAUUGAACCUGAAAACACACAACUCAAGGAACUACAGAAGAAGCUCAAAGAAGACAUCAAGAAUUAUAUCUCUCAAAGCAAGAAGGUUUAUGGGAAAAUGAUGGAGAGUAGGAAGGAGGAAACAACAAAAGAAGAAGAAGAUGAAGUGAAAUGUCAAGAAGGAACUUCUCCAUCCACUCAAAAUGGUGCAAAGAUUAAACAGAAAGUCUUAUCUAAAGAAAUGGGUAUUAAAGAAGAAAUCACCCAAAAGUUGUCUCAAAAUGUAACUCCUAAAGAAGAACCAAAAGUUGUUGAAAUAAACUCAGACACUCCUGAGUCUGAAUCCAGUGAUGACGGAAGUGAGCAUAAUGUAUACCAAGUUGGUGAAGCAGUAGAAGAAGUAAAGGAAGAGAUAAAAACCUAUUCUGGAGAGGAUGAUAGAUAUGCAAAUCUUGAAGCAAGAGUCCAGAAAAUUGAAGAAAUAGUCAAAGAAAUGAAAUACUCAAUGGAUGUUCUCAAAGGCUUUGGUGCUAUCCCUCACAGAAUGCCCACAGAUGAAGAACGAGAAGAAGUACUCAAGAGGCAAGACCAAAUCAAGCCCGUCAGGAAGAGCAAACAAUCCGACAAAAAUAAGGAGCAAGAGAAAGAAUUUAGCUGGGACAUAGGUAUAAUCCUUGGCCUCUUCAUGAUGAUGUUUGUGAUUGCUGUUGGGACAUCUGAAGUGAUUGUCUGGCUUAGAAGUAGCGCUUAAAAGUUGUUAAUA